AUGACAACUGACUUAAGCUGGACCGUGACAAAGGAAUCAGUCUACCUUUGCAUCCUUUCUCUUACGCUCUUUGUUCAGGGGCUGGACCAGUCCAAGGCCACAUCCACGGUGGCCACAGUGCCUGGUGAUAUCAUCUUAGGAGGUCUCUUUCCUGUGCACAGUUCAGGUGCAGUUAAGUGCCAGUCGCUCAAUCCUGAGCGCGGCAUUCAACGUGUUGAAGCAAUGCUCUUCACGCUGGAUGAGAUAAACAAUAACCCAAACCUUCUGCCUGGACUCCGACUGGGUGCGAAUAUACGUGAUACGUGUUCCCUGGGCAACCACGCUUUGGAACAGUCCCUGGACUUUGUAAAAACAACAGUGGCUGAUGUAACCUCUAAACCACAGGAAACCCAGCCGUCCAAAGAUUGUCCCUGUUUGGAUUCCCAAAUCGGUGGAUCUAGUCGCAUGACGGCCACACAUGCUCGUCCGGCCUCUUGGAGUCAGAAUAUUGUUCGCGGAGUGGUAGGCGGAUCUUAUAGCACGGUGUCUAUCCUGGUGGCCAAUCUGUACAGACUUUUUAAACUACCUCAAAUCUCAUAUGCAUCAACAAGUGCUGUACUCAGCGACAAGCGCACCUACCCCCUCUUCGCGCGGACUGUUCCAUCAGAUGUGGAACAAGCACGGGCCAUGGCGGAUCUCGUAGCGGCGCACAAUUGGACAUUUGUCUCCACCGUUCGCAGCGCAGGAGAUUACGGGGACUCGGGCAUGGAUGCGUUUUGGAAAGAGGCUGACAAACGAGGAGUUUGCAUAGCCGCCCGUGAGGUCAUUCGAGGCAGCUCCACGAAGCGCGAUCUUGACGAGGUUGUUAAAGUCCUCAGAUAUGGCUUUUCCAAAGCUCGUGUGGUUGUUCUUUUUACAAGAAUGGAUCACACCAAACUGUUACUGAAUGCGGUUCGCCGAGCCAAUCUGACAGAUCAUUUCGUUUGGAUUGCCAGUGAUGGUUGGGGAAGGGAGAAUGUGCCCGUAGAGAAUAACUCCCGCGUGGCAAACGGAGCAUUGACGAUCGAAAUUCUUGCUGAGGAGAUUGGGCAGUUCUCAGUUUACUACAAGAAUCUGCGCAGUGAUAACACCCGGAAUCCCUGGUUUUCCAAGUACUGGGAAUCACUUUUUGGUUGUACAUUUGACAAUGCAUCGAAUACUUCCCAAUCAAACAUAAACCCCAGUACAGAUGGUAAAUUGGAACAUCAGAUCCCUUCCUGCUAUGCGAACCCAAAACACAGGCUGGGAGACAAGCUACCAUUGCCUUUUAAGCAAGAAGCUAAAAUCCAGUUUGUCUACGACGCCGUUUACGCCUUUGCAUGGGGCUUGCAUAAACUGCAGCAGACACUCUGUCCUUUCAAUCCGGAUCCAGCGAAAUGGGACAAAGAUGAGUGCAUUAGAAAAUUACUAAGUCAUCAAGGAAAUGAAUUUUACGACACGAUAAUUCAGACGUCAUUUAAAGGUGAGGUUUAUUUUACUCGUAUUUUUUGUAUACACCUGGAUGAGGAAACCGUAAAACACUAAAGAAAUACUUUCAGUCAAAAAACACAAUAAAAUUUCAGUCACCUUAGUAACUUACGAGAUUUUAAAUUGACCGGAUAAGCCGUAUCUUUAAAAUAUAUCAAAUUGCAAAAAUUAUUAAAAUGUUACGUUUUCACGACUUUUAAGCAUGGUAGCAAAUAAAAUAGAAGCCAUAUUCACGACAAAGUUGUGUCACCUGAUGGAAAGUGAGAUUCCCACGUGAUUAUUGUUCUUGACAAUAUGCUUUUAGUUUCCUUGCUUUGGUAUGACAAAUGUCGCCAUAUUAACAUACAAAUAUUUUUACAAAAUGACGGAGUUGACUGUGAAUACUUGGGAAACAGUUAUUCUGAGUACUCGUCCUGAACCAAAAUAAUUUUGUCACAUUUUGUCUAGGGCAAGAAAAUUUCAAAAAGACUGCAAAAUUAUGUCUGCUCUGUAAGAGAUUUUUGAAAUACCUGUUGUAAAUGCGUAAUAGAGGAAUUUCCGAUAAAACUUCAAAAAUGUUAGUCAACUAAAAGCAUGGUUUAAAUAGACAUGGAUCUGCCUUAGAUUUGCUUAGAGACGUGGCAUCUAGAAAGUCUUAAAUUUUAAAUUUGUUUUGCUAUCAUUUUGAGGAAUUUUUGACCCUAUUGACGUCAGUUUCCUGAGUAAGCAGACUUUGAGCAAAGACAAAUAUUGUGUAAUACUUAGUACUUUAUUCGUUGGAAAGGCCUGCUAAUGGAAGGGCAAAGACGGUCAGUUAUCCUAAAAAUGCAAGAAACAGCGACUUCCCGACUGAUGCAACGAGUUAAUCACCUGCUUUUUGUGGAUAACAAGAAGCAGAAGGCGAAACUCAACUUUCAGACAAAUCGGAAAACGAAAUUAUACAUGACUUCUCAACAAACGCCUACAGCUACUCGAAAAUUAAUGCAACGGUGUCAACAGCUUCUUGGUGUGCACGAUAUGCGUGAAGCCUUAAGACAAAUAGUUGGCAGUGACUGUGUGUGGGAACUUGAUAUUUUCCAGCUAAUUUAGUGAACGGAUUUGGCAAACAAGUUUUCUAUCCAUCCGACUUCAAAAAAUAGAUUUGUCAUAACACAAAAUUUCCCUGACUGUACUGCAUAAACUAUAGACUAAGCGUCCUAGUUUAUUAAAACCAGGUGUUUCGGGCAGAAUAUUUGCCAACCAAAAAACGUCGAACGGCUCAGUAACGCAGGCGUUUGCAAUUAAAUUCGGUGGCAGUCGUAAUUGUCCAUGGAAAAAACCCUUGUAGACGUUCAUAGCACCGGAGUUAUUUUAAAAGCUUGGGACAAGCGACACAACAGUCAUCCCCAAAAUUAUUUGUACUCUUAAGUUCUGCAAAACAUGCAAAAUCAAGUACGGUAUCCUCAACCCCUUUUGGAAUUCUGCUAAAAACCGGAACAAUGGACUUCUGUCUCCGCUGCCCUGCCAUCCAUUCUUUUUACUCAAAAGUCAUGCGUAAACAACUCCAAAGGAUCAUUCUUUGACCAACUAUCCCCAAUCGCACUCAAAUCUACGCAUUUUUAAUCUGUUUUUUCCCAUAAACUGUGAACUUCUGUUUAUUGUUCGCUGAUAUUCUGCUAGGCAACUUAUGUGUUCAGGCAUGUUGCGGCAAUGAGAAUUGAAGUUGUCCCAACGUUGCCAAAUAAGAUGUCCUUAUCCAUGUUUAUUUGAACAUGUAAAUUGUCGGCAAACAUGUAAUACUCCGCUUAAUUACCAAUUUUGUAGGUUCUGUGUAGCUUGUUUCGUUCGGUACAGUUGCAGACAUAAAGGGCAUUUUUAAGUAGCUUUGAUUAAUAUUUGCAAACAGAGAAGAUGAAAGUCCUCUUUCAAUGAAGUUCGUUCUGACAGUGAAGUUCAAGAGGAAAAUAUUAUCCACAAAAUGUAGGUGGUUUGUCCCCGGCUUGUUACUGUUUGAGGUUCUUCCGAAUCUUGCAAUGAGUAAGCGGACUCAAGAAAUUGAGACCUAAUUUUGAACAUGUUUUGACGGUACAGUAUUGUUGGGUUGAUAGAACGAGGAAUAAACUCACAGCAAUCGUCUUGCAUUUGGUGCAUGUCCUAAUCUUCACUUGGAACUUUUAUCAAAGUACAUUUGUAAUCUAAUGACUUCGAGAAUUUCAGUGAUUGCAAUUUAAUUAGCUUCCUGCACUUGCCUUAGUGUACGACUUCAAAGUUCGCAGUCCUAUAAAACACACAUUUUGAGAGAUUUAUUAUCCCACACCGUUUCGCUAUAACAAUGUCUAAAUGGCAGAUUUCUGCGCAUUUGUACAAAUUUGUUGAAUGGAAUUUUUCUAUUACGUGCAUUAUUAUCAAGUUCCUUAUAGUUUGCUAGUUUGGAAUACAAAUAUUGUCAUCUAUUUGAGACUCCUCUUUUUGGUUUUUAAUGUCCAUUGAAAAACAGAGGGGACAUUUGUCUCAAAAAUUGUUUAUAAGAAGCAUUCAUAACUCCCUGGAGCUUACGAGACAAGUUUUUAUAUUUUUCAUCAAUAAACUGCUCAGACUGCUGCAUAUUUUGCAUGCCUUUAGUCUAUUCAAAUGCCGCAGUAUUAAGUACGGACAAAACUAUCAAUGCGCUUAGGAGUCUUCGAGCUUGUUUUAAAAGCGCUACCUCGUAAAAUAUUUUUUCAGACGUUUUAGCACGAAAGAAAUUACAUUUGGCAAAACAUCCCAGCCAAAAAAUAGACUGGGUUUUUUUGGAUACGUCUUUUUUUCCUAAUGCAUCCUUCAUUUUGAACGCAUUUUGAGGCGAGAUAAUUUGCAUUGAUAUCAGAACUUUUACAUAUGUGCGUUAAUGGUCAGUAAGCUCACAAUUCCAGUGCAAUUUACAAAGCUGGAAAAUUGAUCACAUAAUCCUAGGCUGUCUUAAGUUACGUGUGAGGAUAUUUUUCCACUUUAAAAUAUACUCGUACUAGCAAAUUUCUUUACGAAUGUCAGUUAUGACAGUACUAGAUGACAUUACUUACUGGCCAUUAAAUGAAUAAGAAAAACUUUUGGAAAGGCGUUUCACAGAAUACAUAGCGACAUUAUCUUACGAAAACCUUACGGAAACAUAACGUAUAUCACGCAUUUACAAGACAUUCAAAAGUUCCUGGAGGGAAAUAGAUUGUUCAGAUGUGUUUGCGGAUGUGCCCCUUUGCCAACUGUAUCUUUUAGUAGCCUCUAAAAAUUGAGUUUAAAAUGGAGAAUCACUACGCGAAAAAGGAAAAAACUCUCCAACUUCCGUUGCUUACUUUAAUUUAUACCAAAAUGUGCUGUGGUAUUUAGAUCAAUUAAACCUACAGGCUUAUAUUAAAUGUCCAUAUUAUUACAAUGGUGCUAGUUGUGGAAGCUCCGUCACCAUGAUAUGAGCUAAAACACGUUUGAUUCUGGAGACUAGAUAUGUGCCUACAGGCUUAAAAUACGAUACUAUGCAUUCAUGGUAGUGUAUUCGAGAGCAAUAACUCCCUAGAUGUCGUCGAAAGCUACUGGACAUCAUCAUAUAUUUUAUUGCAUUUGUAACUUCACCAAACAACAGUGCGUGACAGCAAAGAAAAUUCGCCUUACUUGAGAAACCGCUAUUUUGGCCAACAGCUAGUUUCGUAUAAAACGAUGGUUUAACUAUCUCCAUCAAAAUCAUUUCCAUUUAAAAAAGUUGUCGGGGUCCGUGGACUUUAAUUGAAAAUUAAUUUAUCGACUUCGGCGUACAGACGUCCCCGAUCACACAUAGCGUUCAUACAGAAAACGUUUUAGAUGGUCUUUUGUCUUCUUGCGGUCUUUGUGGAUUCUAUUCAGGAAUUGUUUGAGGUACACAGCCAAACACUCAGUCAAUUGCGUUUACUUUGUACGUAACAUUAUCACAUGAACAUGACAUCAGUUUAGAGUCAAUUUUAAUAGGUUUUGUUUCGCAAACUAGAUACUGUACGCGUUUAACGUGCCCGUAUUAGGCAACCUUGCCUGGAAAUAUGCCGGUUAUUUUAGAUGUUCGGAAAACAGAGCUUCUUUGUUAAAAACUGCAGACAAUUAAACGGACACGGCCAGAAAACGAAUAAGACGAGGUGAAUUUAAAACAUAAACCUGUGGUUUCAACAUAUACUUAACGAAUUGGCUGGGAAGUUGACUAAAGUUCUAGUAGUGAUGCUUAACAGAAUAUAAUUCUGGCCGGCGCCCUAUUCCCACAAGUACAUAAAUGGGCAAGACAUCUUUUAAAUGGGAAAAUAAUUGAUCUGAACCCGAAACCAAGUUAUUUACAGUUCUGUGGCUCAGUUUCUAACUUCCAAAAGGGGUGUGUUUCUGCGAACUUUAGUGUUUGCCCAAGCUGUCUGUGGAUCUUUUGUUCAAGGUGAUCGGUACAUCAUACAGUUUUGAAAAAAAGAGUAAAAAGCGCAUUAUUUAUUUUUUAACAUUUUGCGGUCAACCUGCUUUUACUGCAAAGCCCUCAGAAAAAAUGCAUGCAAAAUAAUUGUGAAAUAUAUUUUAUGCAUGCAAGCAACACUUUUGUGCUAUCAAAUGCACUACAACGCGGCCGCAAAUGUUCUGAAUGAUUCUCCUCGGUUAUAUUUAAUUCUUAUUCCUUCAAGCAGACCAAACAGGUUUAACUCGACGUUCUUUAAUUUAUCUCAAGUGCACUUUAUUUGCUGUUGCUAUGUAGAAUGUAAAAAGGCAGCCUCAGCGUUCUAUCUCGUCUGUUCACACCUUAUACAAUCAAACGUGGCAUAAUAAAACAACGAAUACGUAUUUGUCAUGUCAUGAUUAUGGAUUUCUACACUUCAUUUAAGUUUAUCAAAGGAAUUUGCUUCCGAGGUUAUCACUUUCCGAUUAUGGUUUCUUGCGUAGUUUAUUGUGGCAUCGUAAGCGAAAUUUUGUUGCUCUUUAACUAACCAGAAGCUUAAGUGUGUUUCAUGAUAUGGGCCAGGUUUUCCCAGUAGAAGUUGUUUUGUCCAUGCGAGUUGACAUCUGGUCCUAAUGACUACGAUUGUAUUUCAAUGUAAGCAGUCAUCCGUAUGGCCUGUGCUACCAGUAUGUGGAGCAAGUUUAUGUCGGAAUGCACUCUUCUUUGCCCACUUAAGUCGCCAAGGUACAGAGCCAUCAAGCGUCACCAGCUAAACAACAACUUUUAGUAAAUGUAGGUAAAUAUCUGUGGGUCCACUCGGUAACAGGAUAAUUUUCUUCAUAAGAUUUAAGCAGAAGUAUGCAUGAUUUCUCAAAGUUUUCAUUUUUUAUCAUGGGGUUUGUCUUAAAUAACAGGACUAAUUGAACAAACUUCGAAUCCGUUUAACCUUCCAACAACUUUUAUCUCUCGUAUAGUGACUAAAGGUCAUAUCAAAGAGUCGAUUUUAUUUUCAGAAGAGAAAGACAUGAAAGAGCACCCUUGCCACUGAACAACGCGCCCAAAUUGUGUCGAUUGAAAUCGAAAAACUUGGUUGCAUUACGUGAUUGACAGUUCAGUCGACAUAACAUUAGGCAUUAGGACAUCGUCGACUGAUAACAGCAGACAAAUCAGAAACGUCAAUCUAAAUAUACAUCCGGAGUUGUAGCUAAAUUCUUCCGAGAACCUGAGGCGUAAGAUUCCUUAAACUGCUUUACUGAGCACUCUGCAAAAAUGCGUUCAUCUGUCACUAAAAACAGUUCGGAAGUUGAUCGGGGCGAAAACUCUGAUCCAAUUUUUUAUACACUCUAUGAGGAGAACAAUUUGACGUUGUGUUAAAAACUAAUUAUCGAGGGCUAUUGAAGCAAAUCGUUUCUCCAUUGAAAGAUGCUGUUUCUUUACGUAAUAGGUUUUGCCCAUCUUUGCGAGUAGCAUCCACAAAGUGUCACCCGAUCUACAAUGCAUGGUUUUGGACUGAUUUCAGGUGCGUGUGUUAGGAUUAAGGAUAUUAUGCCGAUUGAAUGUAUCAAACUGCACAUUUCGAAUCAGUUCUAUGCAUUGUAAAUUCCUUAACUCAUGUACCCAAGGCCGUAUUUCCAAGUUCACGAUUUAGGACACGUUUUGAGACACUCGUUGUUUACGUAGAAAGCCGACUAUCCUCAGGCUUCUAAGUACUCUUGUCAAAGUAAAUGAAAUGGUUCAAGAGACCCCUUGAUAAGUUCAUUUGAAGUAAUGUACGAUUGCUUUCGAUAAGAGGUUAGGAUGUCGGCAAGGGAAUAUCAUAUAAAAAGUCACAGCGGUGUAAAAUAAAAGAUAAAUAAAUAAACUUUCUUAAAUCAAACUUAUCAGAUUUUACAGGUGGAAACUCAUACAAAGCCAACAUUCCCCAAAAUUAACACAAAAUAAUUUUGCUUCAUGGUUCCUUUAUAUAUCACGGUUUGUGCGACAGUGACGUGGAAUCUCAGUAAUAGGCCCACAUAUAGGACACCAAGAUACUGUCUGACUGUAUAUUGCAAUGAUGAGUGCAAAAAUGUUGAACUAGUUGAGAAUCUGCCUCCAUACCGGACGUGACAUAGAGGCAUGCUUCGCGUUAAGCUGGUUUUAAGCCUCUUAUAAACAUAAUGUCUUAUUUAAAAGCGCCCUCUGUACAACGGUUAUAAGUGACCAUUAAAAAGGCAAAAUCCCAUAGUAGUACAAUGUCUCGGAUGUAGAAUUUUUAUUUUUAUUCGAUAGAUGAUGCUUACUUAGAGGUCGAUAACAGACAGUCACGCUAAUAUAGUCUGUAAGCACACUCAAAAAACCUAUGCCCAAUUAGGAGCACUUUAACGAUGCUGCGUGUUCGGUAUCUAACCAAAAGUUCAUAAGUAUUCCUUUACAAAAUAUAUGCCGCCACUUUAAAUGCAGCAGCCGCGCAUGUUAGAAAGUCUUGUCAAGAAUUUCAGGCCAUUUUUAUGUCAAAAGAUGCAGACAAGUGGCACUUAUUGAAUACAUUAAUUAUCUCAGGGCAUUUGUAUCUGAGUAAAAAUAUUAAUAGCAACUCUUCGGAAUAUCUGAAUAAAAUAUCAUUUGCUUCAAUUACUUGAAAGUAGAGUCCACGCCUCUUGUAUCAAGAUCGCCCUUUCCCUUAUCCCACCCACUAGCCAACACUUCCCCUCCUUUCGCGUGUGGCUUUUUUCCGCACAACUGCCUUCCCACUUCUCGGCUGAUCUCCUUGCGCCUGUCAUUGUAAACAAACAAUGUAAGAGUAGAGGCGGACGUAAUCCUCGCUUCGGCCAGAGCUUUAUAUUUUGCAAGUAAAUAGUAUUAAUUAGACGAAAGGUUCUUCCCGGCUUUGUUCAAGCACUAAUAAUCAGGGAAAAUGGUAUUUGUAUUCUAAACGACAAUCAGAUGGCUUUUAACCGGAGCCACCAAAUGGAGGAUAAUGCAUUGCAAACGAAAAAGUUUAAACUAUUCGGACAGUUUCAAAAAACGACCUAUAUAUUGUCAGAUGAUAAAAAAUCAUGGGAAAACGUGAUAAUUAGUAAAACUAGCCAAGGUACCUAUGAUUGAUGGCACAGGUUUGAAUAAACUACUUCUCAACAUCUGUAAGCUAGCUCACCUAUUUUGCAAGUCAAGAAAAUUGGUGCGAGUUCAACCUCAGGACCACUUGUUUCUUAUUCAAUCUACAUUCUUAGUUUGCUUAAAUUUGAAUGGAUGCAUAUCAGGAUGAAAAGAUGACAGCGAAGUUUACAGCAGCGAAUGGACGGUCAACCAACCAAACACCGAUGUUAUCCCUCCUCAAGGUAAGAGAUGGCCUUCAGAAAACAUGUGAUAGUCUGAAGAAGCACUAUCGUUUGCGCAACCGGUGCAGUCACAGACCAAGCAGUUAGAGGGCACGGAGGCGGAGAUAAAGUCACGCACGCGCGGCAGAACAUUUAUCGUAGGGGAAGAUGGGCAACGCCAAGUCAUAAGCUGCUGUCGACUUGAUACGACAAUGAUGAGACUUCUGUUUCAGUUUUACGUAAGUAUGACAAAAAAUGACAGUCUUAAGUUCUACGAAAUUCCUAGGUUACGGGUGUCUAGCCCGAAUUUGGUCAGGAAUUUUACAGCAUAUGCCCCAUCAAGACUGUCAUGACAGUGUAAUUAUCCAUACAGAAGGCGACUAGAUUAAAGGUAUGCAGUUGAUAAGUUCUGUAAUGUCCUUUUACCUACAAUAACUGAAUGUACUGCCCAGUACUUUGCAAGCAAGCAUUCACUAUGUCAUUCCAGUAUGUCUGGGAGAAAUGUGCAAAAGACGCCUACUCAUGCGUGUAUCACAAAAAACUGUCUUGUGCACUCGGGCUUGUAUUUCUAUCUCUCAUGCGGAACUAGAUUUGAAAUUAAAAACAUCAAACUAUUAGAUCAAGUUUCCUUACUCUCAGUAUUCACUUUAACGUACUAUCUUUUCAUAAGCAGGCAAUGGUGGAAUAACUAAGGGAGCCUUGCGUUCCGACCAAACGCUCUGUACGCCAGCAAAUUAUUGCAAAGUUUCAAUUACCUCAUGGUGUAUCUCAUUGUAAGUUCAGCUGAUUAUAAUUGUAGCAAAGAUAUUGAGGCACGAUUUAUGCGCAGCACUUUGGAAAAUUCGUCUUUUCACUAAACCACCAAUUUGCACGACGACAGUUAUUAUCUGGGCUUUGGGUUAGUCUGAUCCAAUUAUUCGGAGGAUAGGUAACCCAUAAACACCACACCAGGGUCCAACUGAUGUUUGACAUUUAAUCGUUAGAACAAAUGAUACGUCAAUUUACUUUUAAUUCUAUAGCGGCGCUUUCAGCCUCCAUCGAAGUAUUUUUUAUUUCAAACGUAACAGAUCAAAUGCUCAAACUAUUAAUAAACUUGAUUUUCAGGAUUUUGGAUGCAAAUGUUCUGCCUUUAUAAAAGCUGUUCGCCGAAGUAACAGGCAGCACUUAAAUUGUUUUCGGGUAGCUUAAAUGCCCACAUAAGUUUCAGUAAAUUACUCAACUACAUUUCUGUAUUAUGGACUUGUUUUUUCUUCGAUUUCCCAAAAUAUGUCAAAAACCUAACUUAGACACAAGUUAGGAACUAAAAAAUGAUACCUUUGGGUUUUUUCAAUCAUACUUUAAAAACAGCACUGCCUGGAAUGCGUGAAUUCUCAUCGAUUUCUGUGAGUUAGUGUUGUUUUUUCUUCUAGGAUAAUAGUAAAAAUUCGGCUUUGUAAUUGCGUCCUCGCCUGAAGUGUUGUUUAUAAAAUAAGUCUAGGAUAGAAUUAGUUGUAAAAGCUCUUUUUAGUCUGCUUAUAUCUCGCUUCACUGAAGGCAAAGUUCACAAGACCUUUACGAGUGUUAACCAGUGGAAAGGUUCGACUUUUUGUCUCAAACUACAUCCACUACCAACGAUCUAGACUCAUUUAUGCACUCUUAUUAAAAUGGUCAAUCUGAGGGUCGAAAUAGGGCUCUUUAAGGGAUGACCGACCGUGUGUCAUACAGUGGUCUUAUCAAUGUACUUACGAUAGUUUCUUUAUGGCAAACAUAUGUACACUAGUUGCAUCGUCAUUAAAAGCUAUUUUCCCUCGGCUGAAAUUCUUGUCUAAUGCAGCAGCUCAGAAUGUUACAAAAAUGACUUGCAGAAAUAAACUAGUUCUUGACUGAAAACUCAGGAAGAUAGAUCUAUCAUCAAAACUAAGAGACCAACAAGGUCCGCGGACUCCAAACUACGCGUUUUAUCGCAAUUGUUGCAUUGAGCUGACACCUCAAGUACGCAGAAUCUCAAGGAUGUUUUGGCAGAUUCUGAAUAAUCCAUAUUGACCCAAUUGUGAAAAACUCGGCGCCUCGGUGGGAUUCGAAUCCACAACAGCAAGGGGAAGGCUUCAGUACAGCCAACGCUCUAGCCAUCUGAGCUACAAGGCCCCACCGGAAGGAGUGAGCCUGGUAAUCAUCCGGUGGCUAGUGUUGUCCGCACUAAAGCCUUCUUCUUUCUGUCGUGGGUUUGAAUCCCACCGAGGCGCCGUGUUUUCACAAUUGGGUCAAUGUGAAUUAAACAGCAUUAAUCGCAGAGGGGCUGACAACAGGAGGACAAAAAUCGAAACAUAUUCAGCGAAUUUCCACUGCCAAAGAGUAAAUCUGUAAACCAAUUGAAAGCCGCAGACAACCAAAGCUAUAAACAAAGCAAAAGGCAAAAAAACCAGACAGACACACUGGAACCCUAUCCGAAGUUAAUUAAAUUACGUUGGGAAUACAGGGAAAAGUAGCAGAACGGUGACUGAAUAGAAAAAUGUUAUCUGAUAAAAAGGCCGCUUUUCAUUUUUGGGUGAACAGGGCGCGGCCCCCAGACAUGCCUGCAUUUAGCCGGACGCGGUAGUCCUGCAUUAAGAGAACGGCCAAACCUUUAGAGACACUCAAGGCUUGGCCCACCGGAAUAACUUUCAUUGACCGAUUAGUGAUCAUCCCCAGGAUUUGCAAGACUUCCGGAUGCAACCAAAUAACAGGAAUCUUAGACAUAAGGUCAGAUCCGCAUCUGUCGUAAAAUAACGUAGGCUGAAUGAGGACGAAGGUGGGCCUGACGCGAACGGAUCCCGGGCCAAACCACAAACGACGCAAAUUCUCGAUAACUCUACUGAGUUCGAACGCAAACAGUCGUAAAUGCAUGGCGAUUGUAAAUGCUGGGAGCGGAAAUCGCUGAAGAAAUAUAACGGAAAAAACUAACAAUUAUUUAUCAACCUUCGACUAUGGAAGUUCAUAUGCGUACAAAGGACUGACGAGGAUAAGAUCGCGGAAAUUAGGACGAUAAAUGCAGACAAUACAAGCAUGAAGUUUCGCCUGCAGGCCCAAAGGGAAACAGAAAAUUUUGUUUGCCACUAAGCCAAUCACCCUCCAGCAUUUUCGAACGCACCGGAAGCCCUGAGGCAGCGACACCCUCGUAUGAGCGACAACCUUUGCAUCGUACGAGAGGAGAUAGAAGAACCACAUCGAAUGCCAAUAGCCCAUUCGCCUUGGAAUUAUUAACAUAUCGGUUAUUGCCUCCUGUGAUAGCCCUCACGAAUUUCGCAUCAGUUAUUUUACAAAAAUGUGUUUAUAUUUAUGGUUUUUAUACUUCGGAAAGUCCGUCGACUGAUGUGCAUCCAUUCAUUUAUAUAAGUACGUAAGCGUUUUAAAGCCAGAGAGGAAGCCGGCGGCGUAGAAAUGAUGCGCUUCUUUUCCAUUAAACGCUUACCUCAUAUUUGACAGACUCCGUCUGCGGCCGUUUGCUGUUUGCGUGCUCAUGUUUUUGUUACUGCCGCUACACGUCCCGCUGCACUUUGGGCCGCAACGUGGAAUCCUGCAGACAGUCGUACAUCGACUAGUAGUAUGGACAGAGAUUGCCGACAAAGACAAGUAAGAAUGGGAGGGGCAAUUCUGGCUUGCUAGAGUUGCAGCUCGAUGAUUAGACCGUUGGAUUUACUAAAGUUUAAUUACGGACAUUAUGCUAUUAGUCCUCAGCAGUUGAUUGUCGUUGACUCAAGUGUUUAUUGGAAUUUCAGGGUUGACCCCAGGAAACUCAUUUCCCGGACACGUUUAUCCUAGUUCUGCCCUCAGUUAUUUCCCAUAUUAUUCGCAUGUGCGUUUACGUGUGUCAGGCUGCCAAACCAGAAGAUGGAUCAACCUGAAACCCGGGCUUGUUAAUAUGACUUGGAAAGAGAAAAAUUCAUUGGCAAGGAAUGAAAGGGAUCAAGAGGCUGUGCGCACCUCAAACACGCAUCCCAUCACGCGGAUGAUUGCCAGAAGUCCUCAAAAUAGUGUUGGAGGGCGAACUCUCCUGCUGAGGAAACACUAUCUCCAGCGCUCCUUGUCAAUCUAAUCGCUUGAAAAACAGGUUUAUCAAGGACAGGCGAAGAAUGAGGAUGAUAAAGACAGACAGCAGUUUCUCUAUUAAGUUACUGGUCCGGUCGUGACUCGUCUCAUUUUUGACAGAUUGAUUCGGUGAGCACCGAGCGAUUUUUUUACACUUAAAGCAUUCACUUGGCUACCGCUCACAUUUUGAGUCGCGUUCUCUACUAACUGUCACUGCGAUUGCAGUCAUAUUUCAGGCGUUUCGAACGCAGUUUUUCUGUUUAAUCUAACAGGUUGGCCUAUCGUUAUGAAAAUUUAGGCUUGGACGGCGACAGGCUAAAUUUAGCUUGUCACAGCUGUCCUUUUGUCUCUUUUUUACUUCCUUUCCCAUCUCGUCCUCCCUCCUUCUAAUUCAUAUGAGUACUACGUGGUUAUCAUUACUAAAACAGCCAUCAUAUUCAUCAUCCUUUAUUAGUUCCUUCCAUUUGCGGGCUUUCUUGGCAGUGUCCAACUUCACUAACGUGUUAUUUGACGCCUACAUGUUUUAUACUUUCACCUUGUUAUAAUCUAACAGGUCGGCGGACAUCCUUUGA